UUUCCUACCAUCGAAAGAAGAAUAUCAAGAGCAGAGUUUAACUUCCUAAACAGUGAAAAUAGCUUCUUCUAUUUUCCACAUGGGGUGGAUUCCUUUACCAUAUUUUAUCUUCCACUCGUUCUUGUUGCUUCUUCUUCAUUUUCCUUCAUACACUUGCUCACUGUGCAACUAUCAUGACAACUCUGCUUUGCUUCAAUUCAAAAACUCAUUUGUUGUCAACACUUCAGCUGAUAAUUUUAUGGUUAGGACUCAUUGUUCCUCUUUUUCCACUAAGACAGAAACUUGGAAAAACGGAACAGAUUGCUGCAGCAAGUGGGAUGGGGUCACGUGCGACGCCUUAUCAGGCCACGUGAUUGGUCUCGACCUUAGUUGUGGUCAUCUUCAUGGUGAGUUCCAACCCAAUAGCACCAUAUUCCAGCUGAGGCACCUUCAACAACUCAACCUUGCUUUUAAUCAUUUUUGGAGAUCUCCGUUGUAUCCUGGAAUUGGUGAUCUCGUAGAACUCACCCAUCUGAAUUUAUCAUACUCUGGAAUCAUUGGUAAUAUUCCCUCUACAAUCUCUCACUUGUCAGAACUAGUAUCACUUGAUCUAAGCAACUCGUAUAUGAGAUUUGAUCCAUCCACGUGGAAGAAACUCAUUCUUAACACAACUAAUUUAAGGGAGCUCCAUCUUGAUGGCACAGACAUGUCUUCUGUCAGAGUGAGCUCUUUGAUGAAUUUGUCAUCCUCUUUGGUCUCUCUCCAUCUACAAUACACUGGAUUACAGGGGAAUUUUCCAAGUGACAUCUUUUGUUUACCCAAUCUUGAAGAACUUGAUUUGUCAUUAAAUGAUCAGUUGAUGGGUCAGAUUCCAAAGUCCAACUGCAGCACUCCUCUAAGGUACUUGGAUCUCUCUAGCACAUCAUUCUCAGGAGAAAUUCCAGAUUCCAUAGGCCAUUUGAAAUCUCUUGAAAUACUUGAUCUGCACAGCAGCAAAUUCAAUGGAGUGGUUCCUCUAUCUUUGUGGAACCUCACUCGACUAACAAGUUUGAGCCUCUCCUACAAUCACUUUCGCGGUGAAAUCCCACCAUUGCUUUCAAACCUCAAACAUCUCACUAACUUUGAGAUUAGGUACAAUAAUUUUAGCGGUUGCAUCCCUGAACAGCUCGGUGAGCUUCUCAAAUUAGAAUUUCUUCAACUUUCAAUGAACAACCUAAGAGGUCCGAUUCCAAGUAAAAUGGCUGGACUUCCAAAACUAGAAUUUCUAGAUUUGUCAAGUAAUAUGUUAACUGGAACAAUUCCUCAUUGGUGUUAUUCUUUACCUUUCUUGUCAAGUUUGGAUCUUAGUAACAACCAUCUCAUGGGGAAAAUUGGUGAAUUCUCAACUUAUGCUUUGGAAGAUUUGAAUCUCUCUAACAACAAACUGCAAGGUCAGAUUCCACACUCAGUAUUUGAAUUUGAAAAUCUUACUGACUUAGAUUUUUCAUCAAAUGACCUGAGUGUUUAUGUGGACUUCCACCAAUUCUCAAAGCUUAAAAGUCUAACUUCCCUCAAUCUUUCUCAAAUUAAUUUUCUCGCAAUUAGCUUUGAUAGCACUAAUGACUAUGAGUUACCCAACCUUCAAUCCUUAUAUCUAUCUUCAUGUAAUAUUGAGAGCAGUUUCCCUAAAUUCUUAGCACCACUUCAAAAUUUGGAAGAAUUAGAUCUUUCUAAUAACAAAAUUCAUGGACAAAUUCCCAAAUGGUUUCAUGAGAAGCUCUUACACUCAUGGAAGAACAUUGAAUAUAUUGAUCUCAGUUUCAACCAGUUGCAAGGCGACCUUCCAAUUCCUCCAAAGAGCAUCUACAACUUUCUUGUCUCAAAUAACCACUUCACCGGAUACAUUGAUUCAAUGAUUUGCAAUGCAAGCUCCCUCAUUGUGCUCAAUUUGGCUCACAACAACUUGACUGGCACAAUUCCACAGUGCUUGGGGACAUUUUAUGAUCUUGUGGUGUUGGAUUUGCAAAUGAACAACCUUCAUGGAAGCAUCCCUAUAAAUUUUUCUGAGGGAAAUGUCUUUGAGACAAUAAAGUUGAAUGACAAUCGAUUGGAGGGACCAUUACCACAGGCCUUGGCCAAGUGCACAAAACUUGAAGUUUUGGACCUUGGAGACAACAACAUAGAAGAUUCAUUUCCUAGUUGGCUAGAAACUCUGCAAGAGUUACAAGUACUCCGUUUACGGUCAAACAAAUUCCGCGGUAUCAUCACUUGUUCCAACACAAAGCAUCCAUUUCCCAAGUUGAGAAUUAUUGAUGUCGCCAAUAACAAUUUUAGUGGCUCCUUGCCCGCAUUAUGCUUUAUGAAAUUUCAAGGAAUGAUGAAUGUGAGUAAUAACCCAAACCGUUCCCUGUACAUGAACGACAAAGGUUACUACAAAGAUUCAGUGGUGAUCAUAAUGAAAGGUCAAGAAGUGGAGCUUAAGAGGAUAUUAACUGCUUUCACAACUAUUGAUUUAUCAAACAAUAUGUUUGAAGGUUGCAUUCCAAAAGUCAUUGGACGAUUAAAGUCUCUUAUAGGACUUAACCUUUCACACAAUAGAAUCAAUGGUGUCAUUCCACAUUCAUUGAGUAAUUUGACAAAUUUGGAAUGGUUGGACCUCUCAUGGAACCAGUUGACUAGUGACAUUCCUUUGGCUUUGACAAAUUUGAAUUUUCUCUCUACCUUGAACCUUUCACAAAACCAUCUUGAGGGAAUCAUACCUACUGGUGGACAAUUUAACACAUAUGGAAAUGCUUCAUAUGGAGGAAACCCAAUGCUAUGUGGAUUCCCUUUGUCAAAAUCAUGCAAUAAGGAUGAAGAACAGCCACCACAUUCAACAUUUCAAGAUGAUGAAGAAUCUGGAUUUGGUUGGAAAUCUGUGGCCGUGGGAUAUGCGUGUGGGGCUGUGUUUGGGAUGCUCUUGGGAUAUAAUUUAUUCUUGACUACGAAACCUCAAUGGCUUGCGACACUUGUUGAAGGUCUGCUUGGUGUAAGGGUGAAAAGGACAAACAACAGAGCCCGUACAAACCGCAGAUGAAUGAAUUAGUUCAAUAUGGGUCUGUUUGGUACAUUAUUGCAGUUGUUUGUAACUUCUCUGUGUGACAAAUUUAUUCUUAUAUCUCUCUAAUAUACUAAGAGAUCUAUUUCAUGUAGUCAUGCAAAUAAAAUAAAAUAUUGUGAUCAAUUCCUUGA